AUGAGUUUUACAAAUCCAAUCAUCCCGGGGUUCAACCCCGAUCCAUCAAUCAUACGUGUCAAUGAAGACUUUUUUCUCGUCACGUCCACAUUUGAAUAUUUUCCGGGAGCUCCUGUCUACCAUAGUCGGGAUUUGAUCCAAUGGAAACUAAUCGGCCAUGCCUUGACAAGGCGCAGCCAGCUUCAAAUUCAUACACCAGAGCCUGGAGGUGGCGUAUGGGCGACUACAAUUCGGUACCAUCGCGGUGUCUACUAUAUCAUUGCAGCAAGCUUCCAGCGUUAUCGCCCACAACAAGAUGACCGAGUUUGGCCACAGGGAUUCUAUGUCAAGACAUCCGAUAUCUGGGAUGAAAAGACAUGGUCUGAUCCAGUCUACUUUGAUCAGGUUGGCUUUGACCAAGACCUAUGCUGGGACGAUGAUGAAACGGUAUAUCUGUCGUCUACCUACCGAAAACUCCAACCAACGCCUCAUGCAAAGUUGAAAGAUUUUGCAAUUCACAUUUGCACAAUUGACCUGAAAACCGGCCAUUCCACGUCUGAGCCAAAAUUGAUCCGCGAAUCUUCUUCUGGAGUUGCCGAGGGGUCGCAUAUUUUCAAGCGCGGCCGCUACUGGUAUCUUUUUACGGCCGAGGGAGGCACUGAAAGUGGACAUUCUGAAUGGGUCAGCCGCAGCGAGGUUGGGCCACUGGGACCGUGGGAACUCGGCCCAAACAACCCACUCUGGCGCAACGGUAUCGAGGAUGAAGUCCAGAACACAGGACAUGCAGAUUUGGUUGAGGAUACCAAAGGGCAGUGGUGGACCGUUAUGCUUGGGGUUCGUCCUCUACGACGAGACGAUCAAUGGGAGGAAUCAGUACUGGGCCGAGAAACCUUUUUAGUACCUUUGGACUGGGAGCAAGAUUGGCCUGUGAUUAACGGAGGACAGAAAAUCACCCUUCAAUCACAAGGGCCGGGUCUUUAUCAGCUUGAUACCCCAGUGUGUUGGCGAGAUGAGUUCGCUGCCCCGGAAAUGCAGUUAGGAUGGUAUAGAAAGAAUACACCGUUUAUCACGGAUUAUUCGCUCACUGAACGACCAAGCCAUCUCCGACUCUAUGGCGGUCCUUAUAACCUGUCGGUACCAGCGUGCCCAACAAUGUUCCUCCGCAAGCAAACCCAUCGAUACUGCAUAUGGGAGACACGGCUUUCAUUUCAUCCUACUACAGAUGCCACGGAAGCAGGAACUGUACUCUGGAUGAACUACUUUACAUACAGCAUUCUUGGCAUCCGAAAGACCGAAAAGGGCCGUUGCAUCCUGUUUCGCCCAUCAGAAGGUAAACAAGUGGCGUGUGAGCUGGGCGCAGCAACAGACAUCACUCUUACAAUCGAAUGUGGCACCGAAUAUCGCUUUGGUUAUCGAGAAGACGCCGAAACUAGUUUCCACUGGAUUGGCUCAGUCUCCAAUAAUGCUGCAACAAAAGCACCACCUGUCGGUGCCAACUUUACAGGCAUGAUGAUGGGUCUCUAUUCCUUUGGAGAAAGACAACGAUGCCUCACACCAGCCGAUUUUGCAUAUGCUGAAUUUCGGGAGAACCUCGGGUGA